AUGUAAACUCUAGUUGGAACAAAAAAAGGAUAAAUCUAUCAUCUUGAAAUCAAUAGACCUAAAUAAUUGUAUCUCUUUAAUCUUAAUCAUAGAAAUGCUAUGUCUGUUUAACUAUUUCAAGAUUUCAAAGCUGCUGUUGAUAUCAUUAAUAAAACUGAUGAUAUACGAGUUGUUGUCUUGACUGGAAGAGGAAAACAAUUCUGUGUUGGUCUUGAUCUUAAAGAAGCUCCAGAAAUGUUUUAAGUAAACUAUUAACCUUAUAUUAAAUCAAGUUUCCAGAUGAAUUAGAUUAAGCAAGAAAAUCAAUCAGAAUAUAUGAUCUAAUCAAAGAUUGGCAAUAUGCUAUGACUUCAUUAAUUAGAAUCAGAGUCCCUGUAAUUGUAGGAGUCUAAGGUUAUUGUUUGGGUGGUGGUAUUGAUCUCAUUACCUCUGCUGAUAUCAGAUAUUGUACAGAAGAUGCCAAAUUCUCAAUCAAAGAAAUCGAUAUUGGAAUGUAUAAUCAAAUUCAUCUUAAUUUUAGGGCUGCUGAUAUAGGAACACUUUAGAGAUUAGGCUUAUAAAAUUCUAACACAUCACUCUUUAGAGAAUUAGCUUAUACAGGAAGAAUGUUUAAUGCUUAAGAAGCCUUGACACUAGGAUUAGUAAGUAAAGUUGUCAAAAAUGAACAACUUAAUGAUGAAAUUUUUAAACUAGCAGAACUCAUUGCCUCUAAAUCUCCUAUUGGGUGUUAUACAAUUAAAAGCAUUUUGACCAGAGAAUAAAAUUUAGAUUCAUAAUUAGAUGUUAUGGCAAGAACAAAUAUGGCCAUGCUUUUUACAAAUGAUAUGCCUAUUGCUCUUGCCGCCUCUUUGACUAAAGGAAAAGCAGAAUUUCCAAAAUUAUGA